AGGAAGGAGGAAGGAGGAGGAGAACGCGGGGACCUUCUCUUCAAAACGAAGACCCACCACCACAAGAUGGAUGGGACAAAACUAUACGUGGCAACGCACUCGACUGCAGAACUGCAUGUUGGAGGCCAUCUCGAAAAGACACCCACGCACGUCGAUCCACCACCCUUCCCAUAUCUCCUAGAUCCAUCUUAAAACAACGGCACGAGCAAUAACUUGCCGCAAUCCGCGCGGGAGUUCUUGGAUCGGCGACAUGAGUCACUGCGCCGCCAGAGAAGCCAUGAAAUGUGGCAGCGCGCGCGCAGCGAUGACUUUCGUUAGCUCGGGCAUCGCUCUGGGUCUCGCUGCUCCGUACCCUGGUGCCCUUAAAUGCGGAACACAGGAGGAGGAGGAGGAGGAGGAGGAGGAGGAGGAGGAGGAGGAGAUGCUCGAACCGCUAAACCUGGGGGACCAGGCAAGAGGCGAGGAAGUCCCGACUCGCUCGGCGGUCGGGCCCCCUGCGGCUGCAGAGGCCGGUGGGGAAGUCCUGGGCGCGCCAUCGAUCGGCGUGCAAGCGCGGCCGCGCGGACCUCCGAAAGUGUUGAGUGUGGGCUGCUGCACGAAGGAGGCGAAGAGGCGGUCCACCAGGCGCUCGUCUGUCUCUGGAGAGGCCAAGGCGGGCGCGUCCCUUGACGUGCAAGCGCGCGCGCACUACCAGCGGGUGUGCCCGCGGCAUGCCAUACUUGAAAACCUAAAGGCGCUCGAGAGAAAACCUAAAGGCGCUUGAAAACCUAAAGGCGCUUGAAAACCGUCUUGGGGUUCUCCUGGGCCAUCCCGGGACCCGCUUGGAUUACGAACUACUUUUCUGGUCACUUGUCGUCA